AUGCCCCGCGCCAGGCAGCCUUUGAAAAAGCGGCGCGGCUCGUUCAAGAUGGCGGAGCUGGAUCAGCUGCCUGACGAGAGUUCUUCAGCAAAAGCACUUGUGAGCUUGAAAGAGGGAAGUUUAUCCAGUUCAUGGAAUGAAAAGUAUAAUUCUCUGCAAAAAACACACAGUUGGAAGAACAAGAAUGCUGGUUCUGCUGUGGAAAUGCCCUUCAGAAAUUCAAAACGGAGCCGACUCUUCAGUGAAGAAGAUGACAGACAAAUAAACACAAGGUCACCCAAAAGAAAUCAGAAGGUUGCAAUGGUUCCACAGAAGUUUAGUACAACAAUGUCCACACCAGAAAAGAAAGUAUCACAGAAGAUUGGUUUGCGGCUUCGUAACCUGCUCAAGCUGCCCAAAGCUCACAAGUGGUGCAUAUAUGAGUGGUUCUAUUCAAAUAUAGAUAAGCCGCUAUUUGAAGGAGAUAAUGAUUUCUGUAUAUGCCUGAAAGAAUCUUUUCCAACUUUGAAAACCAGAAAAUUGACAAGGGUAGAAUGGGGGAAAAUCAGGCGAUUGAUGGGAAAACCACGGAGGUGUUCCUCUGCAUUCUUUGAGGAAGAGAGGUCAGCAUUAAAACAGAAAAGGCAGAAAAUCAGACUUUUGCAGCAGCGGAAAGUUGCAGAUCUUUCACAGUUCAAAGAUCUCCCAGAAGAAAUUCCAUUACCACUUGUAAUAGGAACAAAAGUUACAGCCCGUUUGCGAGGUGUCCAUGAUGGCCUGUUCACAGGACAAAUAGAUGCUGUAGACACUCUAAAUGCUACCUACAGAGUGACUUUUGACAGGGCAGGUCUUGGAACACACACAGUCCCAGAUUAUGAAGUUCUUAGUAAUGAGCCUCAUGAAACCAUGCCAAUCGCUGCCUUUGGACAGAAACAACGGCCUUCACGCUUCUUCAUGACUCCUCCCCGGUUGCCAUACACACCUUCACUCCAGUCUCCAAUCACAGACAGUGAUCCUUUAUUAGGACAAUCUUCAUGGAAAAACAAAAUUUCAGGCACAGAUAGUGAAACACUAGGAGGCUUUCCAGUAGAAUUCCUCAUUCAAGUGACCAGGUUAUCAAAAAUCCUUAUGAUCAAGAAGGAACACAUCAAACAAUUGAGAGAGAUGAAUACAGAAGCAGAAAAGCUGAAAUCCUAUUCCAUGCCAAUCGGCAUUGAGUUUCAGAGGAGAUAUGCAACUAUUGUUCUAGAUCUAGAACAACUAAACAAAGACUUAAAUAAAGUUUUGCAUAAAGUUCAACAGUACUGCUAUGAGCUUGCUCCCGACCAGGGCCUCCAGCCUGCUGACCAACCCACGGAUCUGAGGCGCAGAUGUGAAGAGGAAGCUCAGGAGGUCGUCAGACAAGCAAAUACCUUGUCAACAGGACAACUCUGUGUGGGCAGUGAAAAUUUAACUGAUCUUAUCUCUAGACUUACAGCAAUAUUACUGCAAAUUAAGUGUCUAGCAGAAGGAGGGGAUCUGAAUUCCUUUGAAUUUAAGUCACUAACAGAUUCAUUAAAUGACAUUAAGAAUUCAAUAGACUCCUCAAAUAUCAGUUGUUUUCAGAAUAAUGUUGAGAUCCAUGUUGCACAUAUUCAGAGUGGUCUGAGCCAGAUGGGAAACUUACAUGCUUUUGCAGCUAAUAACACCAACAGAGACUGAAAACUUCAAGUGUACAGCAAGUAAUUCUGGAAAAUCUUCUUCCUUUCUAUAUGCUUCACCAAAUACCCCUAACUGCCAGAAGACAAGGGAAGAGAAAACCUCUCAAAAAGGACCCUUUUAAAUAUAUUAUAUCUGCUUCUUAAGGAAACCAGCAUUACUGGCCAGCGUUACAUUAGAUUUCUCCAUUUGUUAAUCACAUGCAGUAGUUUUGCUAACUGGUAAUCUCUUAGUUAUUGCAUUGAUUAUAGUAAACUUGAAAGCAUACUUUCAUAUAAUUUGAACUUAGUUUUUAAAAGUUCAGAUUGAUUCUGCACACCACUUGUUGUUGGAUCUCCUGGUAUGUUAGAAGUGCCGAAGAGGAAAUGGCUCGAGUUAGUAGCCACAUGGCAGGUCUUUGUUGUGUAAAGCUACGCCUCUGUGUAGCUCUUCAGAGCUGCCAGGUCAGCCUUUGGGAAGCCCGAGCGUUCCUGAUCUAAAGAAGCAGCAUCAGGAUACAGUCAGCAAAUAUAAACUGUAAACUGGAGGAUGUUGGGCAGGUCUAUCGAUCAGUCAAUGUCUUGUUGGAACUCUUAAUUUAUCAUAACUUAUGGAAGGAGUCGAAUGAAGGAAUAUAAAAAUGUAACUGUUAACUUUUUCUGGAAAGAGAUUGAUUAUGGCUUUUUCCCUUCACACAGGGCAAAAGAAGUGCUUUAGGUGGUAUUUUAUAUAAGUGACUGGUUAAACAUAACGUUUUUCCAAAUUCUUGUUUGUUUUGCACAAGUUUUAAAUUAGAUUACUGGUUAUUCAACAAUACCAACUAUAUAUAAAUAUGAAGAUUUUUGUAACUGAAGACAACCAGUGAGGUAAACUGCAAAAAUAAGAAGUGAUAACCUGCCUAUACCUUUUGGAAUGUUAAUCUUGUAAAAAGUGUGUAUUGGUUUGUUUAAAUAGUCUUGUAAAGCUUCUGUGUAAUGAAUUGUUUCCAGAUAUGGAUUUUCAGAGAUAGCUGUAGAGAUGUUUUUGAUUCUUUUAGAUGCCUCAUUAAAUAAGGUCUUUUAUAUGUUAUUGUAUAAAGAAUAUGUAAACAGGAUUAUUUUCAAUUUUAAAAUUUUGUAUAGUUUAAAGAUGCUUCUGUAUUCCGUGUUGGUAUUGUGCCACUGCAAAACUUUAGUGCAGAGUUUAUAUUUAGCUAAAUUUGUUCUGUUAAUUAAGAGAAAUGCAUAAAUCUUUUAUUCUCAAUGAAAUUUGUAACUGAAUAAAUUGACCUAUGAGAGUUGAUAUAUUUCAAAAAAAUGCAAAAUUUUUUGCAGAUGUCUCAGGUCAUUCUUUUAAGAGAAGCUAAUUGCUGAAAUUGAAAUGUUAUGAGGACAAGGUGAGUAGCUGUUUUAAAAGGUAUUUAAAAAUUUUACAAGUGAUUCUAUAAAAUAAUGGUGAACAGUAAUUUAGCUGAGUUAUCCAGGCAAACUUACCUCCAAUAAUGCAAUAGAACAUUGUAGUGGUCCCUGCAAUUACUUUUGUAAUUAUGCCACUCGUUAUUUUGUGGUGUUACCAUCUGUUUGAUAAAGAAGACAGAAAGGAGUCCUCUCCUACCACCCUUUUCACGUAAACAGAGAAAGGUGCCAAAGCUUAAUUUAAGGUACAUAAGUUUAGUCUUAGGAAGCAGUCUGCUCUACAGCUAACUCAGGAAAGACGAACCAUCCCCCUGCACCUCCAUACUCACGUGCCUGCUGCUCCCUCUGCACACCUCUGCUCUGAUCCCGUCCUGCUCUGUUGGGACUCAAGCUCAGCAUGUGCACUGAAUGCUUUUGAGGAGCAGGACUUCACAGUACGAAACACCAGGAGGGUAAUUUGGCCUUCUUGGUAGCAAACAUCCCAAACUGAGGAGGAGACAAGUUGUAGACACUAGUAGAUACCAGAGGAGUUGGGAACCUGCUUUUCAUGACAGCUUUUAUCCUAUUGGAUACAAAAUACGUUGCAAUAAUCAGCACACUCCAAUCUCAACUCUGAUUCCUUAAGUAUGAUGGUUUUUACAGGUAGAUACUUACACUCUCCAGCAUAUUUUCUGUGGAUGUAGGGUUUGGGUUUUUUUUAAUUAUUGCAGAGUAACAUAUCAUAGAAAGAUCUGUCAUUUGUGAUAAGCCAUAUAUUUCCACUUGUCAUUUGUCCUGCUCAUGUAGGCAGUGUGAAUAUACACACCUUUUAUUUUCUUUGAAAGGCUGCAUUUCUCCUUGGGUACUGAUGUGUUGGAUCAGAGCUAAUGUUGAAUUUUGGCAAUAGUAACAAAUACAAUUGCUUUUGCUGAGUGUGCUCCAAGCAUAGCAGGAGUAUCAAGAGCUCAUUGCAGCUACCAUACCUGAAGUCUGCAGGAGCAAAACAAGUUACUUUUAUUUAUUAUGAUCAUAAACUUGAAUUUACCCUGAGUGCCCAAGAAACCAUGGUCUCAUUUGCUGUCUCUUCCUGCAAGUGCUUCUUUUCUGGGGUUUUCCUGAUCCCCCCAGCAUAGCACCCAAGUCCAUGUUUUUUUCAAGAAUAGCUCUGGGGUUUUUUUGAUGGAGAAUAAUAGUCAGCAGCCCUGCCAUGCCACUUCACCUUGCAAGCCUGCAGUCCAGCCAGCAUUCAGCUGUCCUGAUCUCACAAGCACAGGUAUGUUAUGGGGCGGUGCUGAGGGAUUUUGUUCAUUGGUAACCUUACUCUGUGGGGCAUGAUUCCUGAUAGAGUAUUUCUGCCACCAGUACAUGAGUCAUUUUUCCUGUGCUUCUUGCAUUCAAAUGCUUUUCCAUAACUUAAAACUUGCUCUGCUAGGUUCUAAAGUACUGUUUAGUAAGAAAGAAGAAUUGGCCUUAUCCUCAAAAUAUGUACAGAAUAAUGUGUCCUUUCUCAAUAAAUUGAAUCAGAGGAGAGACUUCUGUUGUUACUGAUUUUGCCAUUCUCAGUGCAGAGCCAUUCAGCCUUAUGACUGUUCAUGUGAACAGCUUCUGUGUAGUUCCUGCUUACAGCUAAAGCACCCUUACAGUGUCCACAAAAUACUCCCAUUUCUCUUAGUUUAACAUUAACUUUGGUUUAAGUGGCAGACUGGAGGCUUUUGUCUGGGUAUUUGAGAUCUGGCGGUUUGUAUUAUUUAGGCCAGACAUUUUAGGGAUGGGGGUGUUUGUUUAGAGCAGAUUUAAGACAAAUACUGACAGAAAAGGUUUAAGGCAGUUUCUGUGACCUGUCCUUCAGGCCCCUCUGGUCUCUUAUCGACAUCUAAAGUGCAGCCGUAGCUCUCCAGGACCUGGGAGAAGAGCCUGCAGCUGGGAUAUCUACUGCUUCUCUACCCCACCAUCAGACACGGAGAGAAACUUCUUGUGCUUUUGUCUGUGCUGGGAGUGCUUCAACACUGAGGAAUCUGUGCCAAGAGGACUCACAAUACAAAAUGUGCCUGUAUCUGCAGUAAAACAGUUUUAAGCUUCAGCUGGAGAACACACUCUCACAUCACUGCUGCCAGCUCUGAGCAUCCAGCAAGGCUUGUGUCUCACAGUUAUUGAGAAAAGGAUCCAAAUGUGAAGCAAGUUUUGCUUCGAUGGUUCAAAACCAGCAGACAAUACACAGAACCAGAACUGCCCCAAUGUGGUUGGAUGCCUGUUACAAUAUGAACAUGGACCCACAGUCUUUCUUUGUACUACCUUGGUGCUAUUAAAAUCCACCAAAUUUUCCCUUUCUGAGUGGUACUGCGUGGAGAAUCCUCCACCUGGCUUCCCUCUGCUUCCCUGCUUCUUCUCAGGCAUGUGCCAAGGUCAGUGCUCUGGCUUCAGUCUAAUCAUUCAUUCUAAAUGUUUCCCACCUUCUUUUCUGAGUAGUUUUGGAGAUGAGGGACUUUUAGUCUUAUGUAUCGUGACAUUUACAACAAAACCAUUUUGGUUUUGUUCUUGUAUUUUUUUCUGGGCUCUUUAAUUUCAAAGGUUUUCAAGCCUCUAUAAAGUUUGGAAGAUUUUCAGGUUUAACAUGAGCAUGGAACGUGGGAAGUUUCACCUGAGCUGGGAUUUUGCACUUGAUCAUUAAAUCAGCAGUACCACA